AUGUUCAGAAACAACUAUGACAACGACUCGGUCACAUUGUGAGCAGCAGCACAUCCAUCAGCCCUGUCAAUCUGUCUCCAGCUAACACAUCAAACAGCUCUCCGCAAGGCCGCAUCUUCCAAGUCGAAUACGCACAAGAAGCUGUCAAGCAAGGUUCCGUCGUCGUUGGCAUCGUCAGCAAGACACAUGCGGUCCUCGCAGCCCUGAAGGUACCCUCUAUCACUCGAUUCUCAUCCUACCAAACGAAAGCAUGUAUUGACAACCCAUGUAGCGAAAUGCAGAAGAGCUCUCCUCCUACCAACGCAAAAUCAUCCCCAUCGACACUCACUACGGCGUCGCCCUCGCGGGCCUCGCGUCCGAUGCCCGCGUCCUCUCCAACUUCAUGAAACAGCAAUCGCUCGCAUCCCGCCUCACCUACGACCGACCCAUCUUGCUCUCCGAAAUCACCUCGCGCAUCGGCGACCGCGCCCAGACAAACACUCAACAGUACGGCAAGCGACCUUACGGCGUAGGUCUGCUCAUCGCUGGCGUAGACGCAAAGGGCCCACAUCUCUUUGAAUUCCAGCCCAGCGGUGUGACGCAAGAGAUGGUAGCGUGCGGGAUCGGCGCGCGGUCACAGAUGGCGCGAACAUACCUGGAGCGGAAUCUGGAGGGCUUCGAGAGUUCGGAUCGGGAGGAGUUGAUUAAGCAUGCGCUGAGGGCGCUGAAGGAUAGUUUGAGCCAGGAUAAGGAGUUGACGGUGGAUAACACCAGCUUAGGGGUGAGUGGUGUGGAUGAGAACUUCAAGCUAUACGAGGGACAGGAGAUUGCAAGCUGGUUGGAGACGACAUUCGAGAACAAGCCGGAAGGCACAGAGAGCAUGGAAGUGGACUCGUAG